AUGGAUACUAUACAAGAAAAUUUGUUAUUGUCCUCCUCGCCUAACCAUUCGCACUUACCAAUUGAUGAGGAGCUUUGGUUGAUGGCUGAAGAGAGGGCCCAGGAAAUACUAUGCACAAUUCAACCUAAUGUUGUUUCUGAGGUGAACAGAAAGCAGAUUAUUGAUUUCGUUCAGAGGCUGAUUGGAGGUUACUAUGGGGGAGAGGUAUUCGUGUUUGGAUCAGUCCCACUAAAAACCUACCUUCCAGAUGGAGAUAUUGACUUGACAGUUCUCAGUCAAGAAAGCGUAGAGGAGGAUUUAGCACAAGCAGUAUGCAAUCUACUUGGAAGUGGAGAAAACCUUGAAUAUGAAGUGAAAGACAUACAGCAUAUACGUGCUCAGGUGAAGGUUGUAAAAUGCACGGUGAAAGGUAUAGCGGUUGACAUCUCUUUCAACCAGAUGGCUGGACUCUAUGCUCUGCGCUUUUUGGAAGAGGUUGACCAACUUGUCGGGAAAAACCAUGUCUUCAAACGCAGCAUAAUCUUAGUCAAAGCUUGGUGCUAUUAUGAGAGCCGACUUCUUGGUGCACACCAUGGCCUGCUCUCAACAUAUGCCCUGGAAAUAUUAGUUUUAUAUAUCAUCAAUUGUUUUCAUUCAUCAUUGUGCGGUCCUCUAGAGGUGCUAUACAGAUUUUUGGACUACUACAGCACAUUUGAUUGGGAGAAAAACUAUAUCACCAUAGAUGGUCCACAACCAUUAUCCUCCCUUCCAGAAAUUGUUGAGAAACCAGAAUCUGAACGAGGUGGAUUGCUUCUCAGUAAAGAGCUUCUGAAAAAUUACAGGGAUAUGUGCUCUGUUCCAAAGGCAUGCGAUACUUCACCCCGUGAAUUUCCCAUCAAGUGCAUGAACAUUUUGGAUCCUCUAAAAAGCGACAACAACCUAGGCCGCAGUGUCAACAAAAGCACUUUACAUCGAAUUGGUUACGCUUUUGCCUUCGGUGCUGAAAAGCUUAAGGAGAUUCUUGAUCUUCCAGGAGAAAGCAUGGGUGGAGCACUUGAGGUGUUUUUCAUGAACACCUUGAAUAGAAAUGGGAAAGGACAAAGGCCAGAUAUCGAUGUUCCUGUUCCUGCAUUUGGUACUGGAAGAUCUGAAGAGCCUGUCCUUGUUGGAGAUUGUGACAGUUUCUAUGGUGGCUUACAACAUGUUCAGAUGUGUCGUAACUAUGCUAUUCCGCUUGCACCUUCAAUUUCCCCACCGAUACCAUUUGAUGCUGACAUGCUUAAGCUACAACAAAGCUGGCUUAGGUGUUAUCAUAGAGGUACUGAUGUAUAUGUCCCUAGACAGACAUUCUAUCAUCCAAAUGCUCCUCCACAUCCAACUUAUAGCCUUGAAGAAACAGGGAAAUCGCGAGGAACAGGCACAUACAUACCUGACAUGACUCUUACUACCUACUGGAAUACCCGUGCAAGAGGGUCCAGACCAAGGAGAGUCAGUGCCGGGAAUAAUAACAAUAGUAAUACUAAUGCAUUGCCCAAACCAUUGGAGAGAAAGGAAAUAGAAGAAGUUCCUUCUGAGACUGACAUGAAUGAGAGUAGCUCCAAGUCAUUUGAGCUCUCAAAUGAAGACUUUCCUCUUCUUUCAAGCACUGGCAACAGCACUUCAUCAGCAUUCCAACAAUCGGAGAGAAAGGAAAUAAAAGAGGUUCCUUCUGAGACUGGCUUGAAUGACAAUAGCUCCCAGUCCUUUGAGCUCUCUAAUGAAGAUUUCCCUCUUCUUUCAAGCAUUAGCAACAGCACUUCGUCGGCACCCCAACAAUCCAAGCUGGACCGUAAUUCGUCAACUGCGCUUUCUGCUCGAAUUGAAGAGAAGACGAAUUGA